AUGACGGACGCGACCGAAGUCAGAUGGAGAUUCCUUGACGUAGGGCCACAACCACCACAGGAAGACGUUGACAAGUGGGAAAGAGCCGUCAAAGAAGUCGAUCCCUCCAUCCUCACGACUGAAGACCGUCUGAAAAUGCUUCGUCGAUGGCCCCUGGAUAAAGCAGAUUAUUACUGCAAUGCUUACGUUGGAUCUACCACUGAUGGGCUUGUGCAAAAGGCCGCCAGGACGGAUAGCCUUACUGAGAUGGAGGCGAUCAUUAUUCUCAAUACUCCUUUCGGCAAUUCUAUUCCUGAAGAUCAGAAGUACAUGGGCAAUCAAAGAUGGUGGUCACCAAACACGAAGAAGAAGUUUCAGGAUGCGCUUAACUUGCUUCUCACCGUCGCGGAAAUGGAUUCAGAGAAGAAAGCUCAUACGAACGCAGAGAUCAUUAUUAAGCGGAUCAAAGCCCUUAGGAAGCCAGAACUCAGGAAUUUCUCCAUCGAUGACCUCAAAAAUAUUACGAGGUGUAAUAAGCUACCAUGGGUCGAGGGAGUCAAGAAACAUCUUGAACAGCAGCCAGCGUGGGGAUUUGUAUGCCUCCGGACUUCAUUUGGCGAAGACUCAUCGUGGGAGCAGUUCAAAGAAUUCUUCAUCCAUGCUACGGAAUCUGCACUAGUAUUCCCUUUAAAUUCUCCGUGUAUUUGGCCACAUUGGAAGAUACAAUGGAUAGAGGAUCAAUCCAUGGAAAAUGCGUCUGUGAUUGAUCUUUGCAGCUACUUCCGACGUCUUUGCGAAGAGAACAAAAUUGAUCCAGGCCUCCGUCAUGAUGCAUUCCUUUAUGCCAAUACGGAUGCCAUUGAAUCGGUGAUUUCCUGUCCAGCAAUGCCCUCCCCAGCAUUUGUAAUGGCUGCACAGGCAGCCUAUGAUGGAACUACCAGUCCAGAUAUUCCUCUACGGCAUGCUGACUUUGCUGGCGCUGUGCGAAUCUUUAUACCACAUGUCUACACAACAUUUUGGGCGCGAUUGAUCUCGACAGAAGAGGACCUGCAGCAGCAUCUCCUGGGGAAAUUACCACGCAUGCGGCACACUUGGGGAGAAGUUUUUGCUUGUGCACAAUUUCCUAAUGAACAGACUUACCCAACAAAGCCAUUUUUCAUGGGGUAG